GGGUACCCGUAUUGUAUAAUAAUCCUGUUGUAGGUCUGCAGACCAGACUACACGUGCCAUGCUUUAGUUUGCCGGCUGAUCGCCUCUGCCCUGGAUCACGAUGGCUGAAGAUUCUGUGGUUGAAAACAGCAAAUCGGAGAAAGAAAGUCAAGUAAAUGAGGUUGUCACUGAAAGCGAGCCACCAUGCAAAGGCGACAGUCCCGUGAAAUUGGCCGACGAUGCCGGUCUAAAGUUAAAAGCUGCUUCGUCUGGUCAGCCUAGUGCUGUCCAUGGUCAGGGAGGUGGGGAUGCAGACUGCAAACCUGCUGUGAAUGGAUUGAACAACAGUCUGGUGCACAAUGCCACCUUACCCAAUGGAAGCCUGGAGUCUACGGAGGCUGCUAAUGAACAUGACCAGCCCAACUCCAGCAUUGACUGUGCCCCCCCAGUGGCUGAUACGGACAAGAACAGCCCAGUCCUGAAUGGGCAUGCUGAAGACACAUCCUCGGUAGAUAUAGACAGAAAAAGCGAAGCUACCGAUGCCAAUGGUAAGAAAGAUGCAGCCGAGAGCAGCUCAGAAGACAUCCCUGCAGAAAACAUGGUUGAAGAUGUCGAGGGAGACAAAACAAAGAGGACAGAAUCAGAGGGAAAGGAGGCAAAGAGAGACUCAAAAGUGGAAGACGUUAUCGUCAUACAGGACACCGCAUUCACUGUGAAGAUUGUUCCCCCAGGCUCUGAGCCAUUUGAAUUACAGGUUAGCCCCCAGGAGAUGGUGCAGGAGAUCCACCAAGUCUUGAUGGACCGGGAAGACACCUGCCACCGCACCUGCUUCUCCCUGCAGCUGGACGGUAACGUCCUGGACAACUUUGCCGAGCUGAAGAGCGUCGAUGGCCUGAAGGAAGGCUCGAUCGUCAAAGUGGUGGAAGAACCGUACACGGUAAGAGAGGCUCGAAUUCAUGUCCGUCAUGUCAGAGACCUACUGAAAUCCCUGGAUCCUUCUGAUGCUUACAAUGGUGUGGACUGCCAGUCUCUGUCCUUUCUAACCACUGUUUUGAACGAUGAUCGUAAGCGCACAAAGUCGUCAGACUCAGUGGAUUGCACCCCGCCAGAGUACCUCAUGCCACUCAGCAAAGAGCGCCCUCUGUCCCACCUUCAGCCAGUCCACAAGGAAAGUCGCAGCCCGACGUGUCUGAAGGUGCUGACUGUGUCGGGCUGGAACCCACCGCCGGGUACCAGGAAGAUGCAUGGAGAUCUGAUGUACCUGUAUAUCAUGACAAUGGAAGGAACAUCGCAUCACGUGACGGCCUCCACCAGAGGAUUCUACGUCAACCAGUCUACCCAGGAAGUGUUCAACCCCAAGCCUGCCGAUCAGAAGCACAGCUCCCAUUCCCUGAUAGAGCUCCUCAACAAAGUCAGCCCAGUCUUCAAGAAGAACUUUGCCCAGCUGCUUAAGAAAAGGUCCCAGAGGCACCCUUUUGAGCGAGUGCCCACCCCCUUUCAAGUCUACACCUGGAUGGCGCCCCAGAUGGAGCACACUAUCGAUUCCAUUCGAGCAGAAGAUGCUUACACCUCAAGACUUGGCUAUGAAGAACAUAUACCAGGACAGACCAGAGACUGGAAUGAGGAAUCCCAGACAACGCGAGAGCUGCCUCGUAAGAACCUCCCUGAGAGACUGCUGAGGGAACGCGCCAUCUUCAAGGUGCACAGCGACUUUGUUGCCGCGGCAACAAGGGGCGCCAUGGCCGUCAUUGACGGCAAUGUCAUGGCCAUCAACCCUGGAGAAGACACAAAAAUGCAGAUGUUCAUCUGGAAUAACAUUUUCUUCAGUCUGGGCUUUGACGUCAAGGAUCACUACAAGGACUUUGGUGGUGAUGCAGCUGCUCAUGUUGCUCCGAGUAAUGACCUCCAGGGUGUUAAGGCUUACAAUGUCGUAGACAUCGAGGGCCUGUUCACCUUGGGCACUGUGGUAGUGGAUUACCGUGGUUACCGCAUCACCGCCCAGUCCAUUAUCCCUGGCAUCCUGGAGAGAGAGCAGGAGGAGUCGGUCAUCUACGGCUCCAUCGACUUUGGCAAGACGGUGGUCACCAAUGAUAAGUACAAGGAACUGCUGACCAAGUCUGCCCAGCAGCUGAAGAUUCUGCCCCACAAGGUCAUCAACCACAAACAGGAUGAGGUGGAGAUAUUUUCAUCAAUAGAAUGCAAGGGCAUAAAGGGCAAUGAUGGAAGGCAUUACAUACUGGACCUCCUGAGAACGUUCCCACCAGAUAUCAACUUCCUACCAAUUGAAGGAGAAGACCUGAGCGAAGAUGUGAAAGCUCUUGACUUCCCUCGCAAGCAUCGUCACAAGCUCUGCUGUCUGAGGCAGGAGCUCAUCGAGGCAUUUGUUGAGCACCAGUAUAUGGUCUUUGUUCGCCAUGCAGCUGUCCUCCUGAUGCAGCAGCAGAAACCAGAGGCAGAAACUGCUCCAAAAGAAAGCAACAACAAUACUGAUCAGACUGAUUUGGAGAAGGAUGCUGAAAACACUGCAAAGACUGACACACUCAAAGAGACAGACAGUGUUCUCGGAAAUCCUUCUGGUGAAACAAACUCAGAGCCGGGCAGUGCCGAGACAAACGGAGAGCUCGCUAAUGGAGUGGAGGAAGCGCAGGAGUCGCAGGUUGGCAGCAAAAAGUCUGCAGAGGACACCUUAACAGACAGUCUUCAGGAUGCGGCCAAUGCUGUGCUGGCAGGGGGGAAAUGUCCCAUGCUAAACGGGCUGGAUGCGAGCGGGAUUGAGCAACUUGCCGAGAACAUCAGCAGUGUAACAGAGGAGGCUGCCAAGGCACUCACAGAGUCACAGAAGAAAGAAAUUGUUGAUUCGGGUCACAAGGAGAUCAUCACCAAGGCAGCGAAGGCAGCAGGAUCACUGAGCCUGACGGAAUUCGAUAUCCGCUUCAACCCUGACGUCUUCUCAGAGGGAGUGACGCAUGCUGAUCCUGAUAGCGAGGUAUUCCAGAGGCAGAAACGAGUGGUCAAGGAUGCCGCUAGGUUUCUUCUUGUGGGCCAGAUUCCUACAUUUAUACGUGAAUGUCUGGAGCAUAGUGUAGCACCGUUGGAUGGAUUAACACUGACAGAAGCAUUACAUCAAAGAGGUAUCAACAUUCGUUAUUUGGGUGUCAUAGCAACAAUCGUCUCUACAAUUCCACCGCUGUCCUACCUGCAUAGGCUUCUAGUGAGCGAGAUGAUCAUCCGUGGAGCCAAGCAUCUUUUCAAGGCCUUUAUGCAGGGCGUGGGCAUGGUCAGUCUGUCAGGUGCCAUCAGCCACUUUCUCAACUGUUUCCUGGGCUCGCUGCCCAACCCGCAGCCCCCGAAAGCUGACGACGAGAUAUCUAAUGGUCACGGGAAGAAGAAAAGGAACAAGAAGAAGACGGGAAGACUUCUCACAGCACUGGGACACGACUGCAUAGUGUGGGCCAGCCUAACCCCAAUGGAAAUGUGGACCAACUUGAAAGCAGAGGCCAAUGAAUACUACCAUUUCAAAUUGGAGUGCGACAACGUGGACUCAGCCUUGGAAGCCUACAGCCUCCAGCGGGUGACCCUCCUCCGAGAGUUCUGCACCAAGUGUGGCAUCCAGCUCCUGCUGAGGGACUAUGACUUUGACACCAAGCACCGCGCUGUGUUUGGCGAGAACGACAUCAUCAACGUCUUCCCCGUGGUCAAGCACAUCAACCCCAUCGCCAGCGACGCUUACAACUUCUUCCAGAGUGGCCAGGCCAAGAUCCAACAAGGUCAGCUCAAGGAAGGUUAUGAGUUGAUCAACGAGGCUCUGAACCUGUUCAACAAUGUCUACGGCCCCAUGCACCCAGAGAUAGCAAGCUGCAUGCGCAACCUGGCCCGACUUAACUACCUCAUGGGAGAACACGCUGAGGCACUUGAAAUGCAACAGAAAGCAGUGAUGAUGAGCGAACGCUGCAACGGAGUGGACCAUCCCAAUACCAUCAGUGAAUAUAUGCAUCUAGCGCUGUACAGUUUUGCCAACGGCCAGGUGACUAGCGCCCUCAAGCUGAUGUACAGGGCCAGGUACCUGACUUUAGUUGUCUGUGGCGAGGACCACCCGGAAAUGGCCCACUUUGACAGCAAUAUAGGCCUCGUCUUGCACGGAGUGGGUGAAUCAGACCUGGCCCUGAAGUUCCUGGAACGAGCCCGAGAGACUACCCUCAAAUAUCACGGUGCCAAGAGCUUGAAGGCAGCAUUAAGUCAUCAUCUUGUUGGCCGAGUUUACUCCUCUCGCGGUGAUUUCCGCACUGCCCUUAGACAUGAGAAGGAAGCUUACAGCAUCUACAGGGAACAGUUUGGUGAGCACCAUGAGAAAACUAAGGAGAGUUCUGAGUUCUUGCGUCAGCUUACUCAGCAGGCUGUCAACUUCCAGAAAACAAUGAAUGAGCUACGUAAGGGUAACUCACGGGCCGCCAUGCACCCAAUACCCUUUAGCCUUCCGUCCAUGUCUGGUGUCCUGGAUACCCUCAACAUGAUCAAUGGCGUCUUCUUCAUCCCCAUCAGUAUCAAGUCCAAGGGACUCGCCAAAACUACUACCAAAAGUAAUGCUGUUAAAAGUGAGGAGGGGCAAUCAGUACCCAAACAAGAUACUGAAACCCCCUCUGAUAGCAAAGUGGUAUCGCCCGGUCCCAGCUCUGGUAAGGCAUCACCCACCCUGGAGACAGAAGGCUCCACCGAAAAGGGGGAGGUGGUGAGGUAACCUUCAAGUUCCUCCAUAUAGAAAGGGUAUUUUGUUUUUCUAAGGGGAAGGAAUUUACAGCAUGCUUUUCUCGUAAGGGGUUUUCCUUGUUUUUUUGGGGGGGAUGCAUGCUGUAAUCUGUUGGAUGGAGAGCAGUGGAUGGUACAACUGGUCUGAUCUUCAUUCCGAUUCCUGGUUGAGUUGUGUGUUGGCACUCCAUUGACCAUUGUCGUGUAGUUGAUGGUAGACCUUGUCAUUUGGAGCAAGUAGUUGAUGACUCCCUGGAGCAUGUAUUUUUGACAGAUGGGCAUUAUGGUGCACACUGAUAUGGAUAGAUCUCAGUGACUUUUCUUGAAAGAGGAACUUCCUUGUUCAGAGAGAGUGUCAUGAGAGGUCUGUAUUUUACUGAAAAUUGAAUGUGUUGCCUCAUGUCACAAGCUGAGCAUCAGAUUUCUGUUAAUUAUAUUUUCAUCACAAUCACAUACUACUAAAAAAACCACAACCUGUUGUUUUUUCAUUACCGAUAUUAAGUUAUCAGUGUUAGCCCAACACAUAACGAAUGUCUUUGUUGGGUCAUUGUCGCCAAAUUCAGCACUGUGCUCCUGAAUUGUGCGUAAAGUCAAACAAUAAAAAAGAAGUUUGAAGAUGUAUAAUACUAGUGGAAUGAUGGAAUAUUAAUGAAAGGAGUAUAUUUAAACCCAAAUAUUUUUAGAAAUCUAAAUGAUUUAAUGAAGAUUUAGCACUUCCAGCUUAAUCCGGUCCUUUAGAUAUCAUUCCCGCUUUUUAAUGACAGUAUUUGUUAGCGAGUGUAGUGCUGGUGUAAUAUAAUUUGGACCAUGCGUCUUCCGAACGUGUUUCAGUAGAUCCAUCCUGUUUUCUUGGUGUUUGCUUGUAGUGAGUGUUACUGUUUAGAGUUCUUGAAAGAGGUCAAUACUGUGACCAACAAUUGUGUAAAAUACUAGAGAUUUAGAACUUCACUCAAUAAUUUAUUUUGGCCCCCAAUAAUUCCAGUGAUGUCAUUUCUGAAAGUUAAGAAGUUGAUCUUUGGGAAAACAGUUGCAUGCUAUCGAAAACUUCAGUUUGUUUUUGCAAAAAAAAAAAACGAAAAAGGAAAAAACCAAAACAAGAAAAAAAUAAAAACCCAAAAGAAAAUUUGACACGCAUUGAAGUGUUUUUAUUUCUUCCAAAGCUCAAGAGACAGCCCUAUUUUUGUAUAUGAUAACCUGUAACAAAUUGAUACAUAUCCCUCCUGGUUCAGUGGUUUUUAGUGUUGUUCUAUGCAACUUUAUUGGUGUUGGGUAGUUGGCUUGGUUUAAACGUUGAUUUUCACUUCAGGGAGAGUUACCAGGAUUUUCUGAAAGGAUUCUGUCCUUUUUCUUACUGUUUAAUGUUAAUUGCAGAGAAUUUUGUCGGAGUAAGUGAUAUAGUGUUUCCCAUACUAACCUAGCUAGGCCAUUGUGGAACUUUGUGGCUUGGGGCAAAUUUGGCCGCUUGAAUACAAGCAAUGGAGGCCAUUUCUGAAAUUGCUUUACCGUGUCUAGCGUGGCUUCAGAUCCCUCUCAGGCAAUGAGCCAUUUAUAUUUCAGUGUUUGGACAAAAUGAAAAAAAUUGUUUUCCGUAGCGAAAGAGUUGGACCAGUAUAGAGCCAGUUCAGCGACAGGGAUUUAAAAAUCAAGAUCAGAGGUAAAUUUGAACAUGAAGCGCAACUUUGGUGUGGGUGUCCAAUUCCGGCCAACUUGCUGAGCAUGUGCAGAGCAUUCCAAGCUCUUGUUGUUUGCACUUCCUGUUUCCGUACAGGACAUUACAACAGUGUGGUAUGAGGCCAGUCGUACUGGCUGCGAUAACCAGUGAUGUACACGUGCAUAGGCCAGAUAGUGUUGGUUUGGCAUGUAGCUAGUUUAGUUUGACCAGAUUCAUGUACCGUAGUCAGUAAGCAGUGGCAGUACAUGUAGAUCCUGUAAUGCCAGCUUACAUGUUCUUUUUUGGGGGAAAAGUUGCAUUCUUCCAGUAGGUUCUGCUACAGAUUGAAGUCAGACUGAUAAAAUUCUGAAGCAUUUUUGCAGUUUAUUUGUUGCGAAUUGUAUACUGCAUGAUCUGUUUGGAAAACUAUGAAUGCUAAGCGUAAAACAGAAGAUUGGGUGGAAUAAAAGAGAAAAAUGUUGAAGCCAUUCAGAUAUGGAGAAGAAAAAGUUACAUGUCUAAAAACAUGAUCAUUGUGACAAUUUUUCCUCUUUACAUAACAAAAUUAACUUGAUUGUAGGAUAUCAAGAGCCAUAAAACGGUUGAAAAUUGUGCCAAUUGUAGUCAAAGGUGACUUGAAGUUUUUGCGCAAGCACCUUUUCUGCAGGGACAAUGCAAAAUACAGCUGUACAUACAGGGCUUUCCACUGGUAUGCAAGGAAUUUAAAUGGUAACUGUUGAUAAGGGCAGGUGGGAACCGGUGAGGCACAUGGAAGUGCUGAUCACAUAGGCUAGUUGUGCCAAAGUCAUAGAGUCCUCCACAUACUCAACUAAACCUAAUGAGGUGGUGCAGUUGGAAUUAAGCUCAAAUAUACAUGUACGUCUGCAAGCCAAGCGAUGUGUUUGUGGAGCCCCCCUCACCAGUAAAGACAUAGGCAGGUGCGGGAACGUUUCAACGUGGUGCGUUGUGAAUGCAGGAAGACUGCGCAUUCCAACAGAAGUUGGUCGCACAUGCUCAACACAUCCCCUCCCCCCAGGGUGCUUGAAGUGAAACCAGUCCACACUUUAUUUGUUCCCACCAAAAGCAUGUCGUUGCUAUGCAGAAACAUUCCAUUCUUCCCUCAAAGAGCUGAUGUGGACCGAGUGCCCUGAUUUUUAGGAGUAUGGGUGUCUGGGAAGUUGAAAAAAUUAUGUAAAAAUGCCUUGUUGUAGUUAAAUACUUUUGGAAUACCAGGUACACUGCCAGAAUGUUGAACUGGUUUAGGAGGAAAUAAAGCUGGAGUACAUGGGCAUUUGAUGGUAGAUGCGCAAAGGUAAGAUUGCAAAACAAAGUUGAGGCUUCAGACACUCCCCGUUGUGUAGAGUUUACAUUUUAUCAAGGAGGAAAGUACUCAGCCGGAUACUUUUUUGAGCACUAAUGUCAUUAAAACUUAAUUAUUAAGCAGUGAAUGUCUGAAGUCAUGUUAUUUUUUUAAUCUUACCUUUGUUUUUGUUUUUACAGUCUUGUGCUGGUAUUCUCCAGCUUUGUUCCCUUCUAACCUGCUCGAUAUAUGACACAAGAAAGAAAUACUCGGAACUCGACUACAACACUUCUGAAAAGGCUACACAUUUGCACAAGAACACAGAUUCAGCCAUGCGUGAGGGUCCCUUUACAAAAUUCCUUUGACAUUCUCAAAUUCUGAUUCCUACCACGCACAAAAGCCGGAGUGCUCGGACCACACUUUUUUUGUUUUUAAACUUAAUUUCUGCUAUACCACCUUUAUUUUGUGUUGCCUGAUUGAUUCAGUAUAAAAGGGAAUCUGGUUUCUGUCCUCAUUUUUGAGGAAGGGCAAGGCUGCUUUUCACCCAAGCAAACAUUGCUACCUUUCAGGAUCUUUUGUUUUUGUGUGUGCAUACAUUUAUCACUGGGAAAGCAUUGAUGAAUGGUAGUCACAUCCAUCACAAGUCUAGUCCCACUCCUUGUACAUGACCAGUCACUGGUAACAGGCUAAACAGUAACAAAGAAUGGCUCUGUCACAGUUCAUUGGAGCAUCUUGUGGCUUAGACUGGAUGACUUGCAAUGGACUUACAGGGACUUGAGGUAAACUAGCUUACAACAAACAAUGUUAGGAAUGUUUACCUAUUAAGUGGAACACAGCUUUGAACUCGUUUCUCUGUUCACUAAACCCAAACUUGGUCAAGCGUGUAGUGAUUUUAUAGAUGAACUUCCCCCUUCACCCGCACUGCUGGAAACAAAUGUUGCAAACACAUAGCAUAGAGUUUCUUUAAAUCAGCUGCAGACUUUCUAUGUGAUGUCCGUGUGGCAAGAUGGUAUAGCACCCUCUUGAGCCCUCAGCAUGUGUAUGUUGUCUAUAGGAUAUUGUUUCCGUAGUGUACAUAGACAUGCUACUUUUGCUUAAAUGUAGUUUAGUUGAAUACAGAUGGACAAAUGGGUUGAUCUUCUUUUCAGAAAUAACACAUCUGCAUCAGAUGUGUUUGAUAACUAAGAAUAUUUAAUAUAAAUUUUGCCAGUUUCCUAUUUUGUUUAAUGUUAAUAGUUCACAGUAUGCUGUGUUAAGUGUCUGAUUUGAGUUAAACACUUUUGGAAGGUUUGUUGAAUGGUUGUUAAUUCCAAAGAAUUUGUAACACGUUCAGUUAUAUUCUUUUCAAGGAACAUAUUUCUUUUAAAAACGUCUUUGUUUAGUUAUAAUUUGUAUAUGAACAAUUGCUUUCAGGAACUUCGUGUUGUCGCUGUUUGAAGUAUGGCCAUAGUUGAAUCAGCUGGUCUAUGGAAAUGACUUCGGUUUUUGCCAAUAGCUCUCUUUGGUGAAGAGUCUAAGGUGUAAACAUGGUAAACAAUGAGGCCUGUGUCAGACAUGACUAGUCAGAGUAAACUAGUCACCAGCCUGGGGACAGCGGCUAGUACAUUUAGUACCAUGGCCGUGGCUUCAUCUGAGGCAACUGCUUGGCCAUGUUGCUGCAGCUGUGCAGCUGUGGCCACAAAUAGUGCAGUGGCUUUGCUCUCCUCCCUCUAUGCUAUGGCUAUGGCUGUGGCUGCAGCUAUGGCUAUGACGACAAUAGCUACCAUGACAUAGUGUGCACAGUUUAAAUAGAGGCUGUUGCUAACAACAGUGGGGGGGUUAUUUGCCCAAUAUUAUACUGCAGUAAUCUGUCUGGAUACUACUGUCAGAUUUAUAAAAAAACACUUGAAUACCUAUCACAUCUUGUGUGUUAAAGUACUUUUACAUAUCAUGCAUGCUUUCCCACAUGAAGCUUUUCUGCCUUUGAAGUGGAAGUGCAUUGGAACAUAAGCGAAGAAUUUUGUAUGUGUGUAUACAAGCCUCGAUGAAGGAUGGUGUUUUACACAAUAUAUAUGCAAAAUGUCUGUGCUUGUACGGUGCUGAAAAGUAUGAUCCCAUGGUACAUGCACAACACUGUGGCUGGCAGAAGGCGGCACAGGAGUCCAUCACAAGCCCCUGUAAGUCCGUCACAUCAUCCACUCGUAAGCUAAGUCAUAAGACAUUCAAAUAAACUGUGGCAAGAGUUUUCCUUUGUUGCUGCUCAGCUUUCUCCUUGUGACUGGACUUUCGGAAGGACUCGUGAUGGCCAGUCUUGUGAUGGACUCACCCACAGUCAUACAGGCAGAGCCUUGCAAAAAGGCCUAGCUGCUUUAACUGGCUGAUCCCAUUAGACAGUCUGGUCACUGUUCUGUAUCACCAUCAGUCAGCCUACAGUUCAAAAUAACACCAAGUAAAUUCAUUUGUUCUACCUCAUUAUUGACGCUACGAAAAUUUAAAUUGACGUUUUUCCACCUGACUUUUUUUGUUGUCAUGAGAAGGAAUUGCUGAUGAGAAGGUUCAUGUGAAUAUAUGUAGGUUGUAUACAAACAUUUAGGCUAUGGUUACUUGUAACCCAUGCUCAGUGGAAGGUGGAUGCAGCCAUGAGCGGUGCUCAUGUUGUUUAUAGCCAUGACUUUUGGACAUAGCCAUACUUUGGAACCAAGCAUUGGCCAGCAUUGUGAAGCAGUAUGAUUUGAUUACAAGAUUUAACAGAAUAUUGUUUGAGUCAGUGCUUCGAAGUUCAGUCUAGUCUAAAGUUUCUUGUCAAUAUAAAAGCUAAUUUUGUGUCCGGUUGGGGAUUUUAUAGAACAGUAAUUUGUGUGUUCACCUGCAAAACUGGUGACAUUUUAAUUAGGACUUCAUGGAAAAUUAAAGGUCAUAAUAAGAGUUGAAGGUGCUUCUUAACACUGCCAUACAUAUGGGGUGGGAUGGGACAUAGGGCUUGGGUAUGGGGUCCUAGGACUUGGGGUAUGAGUUACGUGUACUAAACAGUUGUGUCAUCUAAAGAUACUAGAUAUUGAUGUGGAGUGGGAAAGGUUAUACAUUUGCAGUGAUGUGAUGUUUCCUGGUUCUUGUUUGAGGAAAACGAUACGUUUUCAUACUUUCAAACGAAAGUUUACGAAGCAUAACGACUGACUGCGUUAUAGCAGUCGCCCACAGCAAUAAGAUAAAAAGGUUUUGGUCAGUGUGGUAUGUUCAGUCAACAUUGUUUUUUUUCCCAGUGUCUGAUUUUAAAUAAUUGUCAUUCCUUCAGUACACUGCGAGGGAGCUGUUUUCACUAGAAGACUAUAACAGGUAAACGGUCACCUUUCAGGAGUGUAGGUAAAGGUUAGAUUUACUUGACAAGGUUAACAUGCAGACUGUAAUCUUUGCGCGCGUUAACAUGUAGUUGCCAUUUCAUGUUAAUUUCAGGUAGGAUUGAAUGCGGUAAGUAGUAAAAUAUGCAUCAGUCAUCCAACAUGGUAACAGAGGAGAGUACACAAAUCCGACCUGUAGUUUUGGAAAUGAGAGGGAUUCUUGGUGCCAGAGUAUUUUCAAAUGAGUUCCUUUUAGCAAGUGUUAAAGUCUGUUAAAUACAACUUAUAUUCCACUGUUUUGGGAGUAUUGGGUGUGGUGAGUGCGACACAAUGUUGUACAUUUAGUUUAGGAAUAGGAAUAAUUAGUUUACAUUUUUGGUGAGAAACAGUUGGGAGUUGCCCAUGAUUCUGUCAGUUUGUGAAAAGCAUCCAGCACUUUUCACGCAGUGUUACCCUAUUCAAAUCCUUGUGUAUUUGAACUCAGCCUGCAGUGCACAUGUAUGAGCCGACUGGGUCACACCUACAACCUUUUCCCUCCAAUCUUGCUGCAAUUUUUCUUCAUUGUUUUAACAAAAGAAACAAAAUUUGGCAUAUUGGCAGGCUAACAAUUUCACCAAGUACAUGUAGAUUUAUAUAUACAUUUUACUGUUUGGGUUUUUUUGGGGGGCUGAAUUAAUGGGAACCCAUCUUGUGCUCGGUGUGAAAGAAAAUUCAAAGGCAAACUGACAUCACAAAGCACUUGUGUGAUAUUGAAAUGUUUAUAUUGAUAGCAAAAUCAAAAAGUAUUCACUUUUGCAAAUUCGAGUCACCAAUAUUUUCUGUGAUGUCAUAAAGUUACAUCCAUGUUUGCUUUUGUGCUGAGUGGAAGGUGACCUUUAAUCUGUGGUGUUGGUUUCACUUUCCCUUCUUUUAAAUUAAAACAUGUUGAAAUGGAGAUUUUUUUCUUUCUUUAGUAAGGGUUUAUUUUAUAAAUAGUCAAGGUUCAAGUCUGCUGAACUUGGAACCUGACUAAUACCAAGAAGUACUCAAGGAGUACAGUUUAAUAAGCACACUUUAUGACAUAUUCAAGAAAAUGUAACAAAAAAAUUGAAAUGAAAAAUUGUUUUUAAAUAGUGCAUUGAUCUUUAUCGAAUAAUUGACUGACCUCCAAUUAAAGGACAGUAGUUGGAACUGUUUAUUUCGGAGUUAUUAUUAACAAUUCGUCACUUAGGCAUAUUGGAAUGAAUGGUGUGUGAUUUCCCCUUGUUCUAAAGAAUAUAUACGCAUUUGAGAAUAAAUUGUAUUGAUUUGAAAUGAA